AUGAUCUGCAUUAUUCUUCUAUUUAUUACUGUCUCAUUAUCAAAGCAAUGUAGUGAAUUUGAACAGUAUCUAUACAUAAUAGAUACUGUUGAUAGUGCAUUUGAAUGUAUUGAAUCUAUUCAAACAACAGAGGGUGCAAAUAACGCUAUUAUUAAUGAUUUAAAAUACUAUUUAGAAUCAUAUGUAUUUAAAGACAUAUUAAAGAAUCCACCACAACCAUCAUUUUCAAAUAAUUAUUAUGAGAAAGUAGAUAUUGAUUCAAAACUAGAUAAAAUAAAUACAAAAACUACAAGUCUGUAUGAAUUUUAUUCAGAAAUUAAUAAUCUUAUUAUUUCAACAAGAGAUUCUCACUUAGCUUUUAGUAUAAAAAAUGAAAAUGAUUUUAACAUCAAUGAAAAUAGUGAAUUAACACUUUUCUAUUAUUUCCUUCCAUUUUCAAUAAAUAUUGAGAAUGAUAAGAAAAUGUAUUUAAUUCCAAGGUAUUCCUUCAAAUUUAGCGUUGUGAAUCCACCAGAUGAAAUAAAAAAGAAUAUGAAUGUACCAGUUAAAACAAUAAAUGGAGAAGAUCCAUUUAAUAUUAUUCGUGAAUUUGGAAAGAAAUAUAUGAGAUUAAAAUGUCCACAUGCGCAAUUUACAUUAGCAAAAGAUGAAUUUGUUGAAGGUAGUUUAAGUUAUUUACCAUUGACAAAAGAAUAUUUAAAUACACCAAUAAGUAUUACAUGGGAAAAUGGAGAAAGUGUGAGUGUUAAUUAUAAAAUAUAUAGAGAAACAGCAAGUGUAUCAAAUAGCAAUGAAAAACUAAAACAAGGAAUUAGAAAACCAUUAACUGAAGAAGAAACAAAAGAUAUAAUCAAUACAAAGAAAGCACUCGAUGAAAAUGAUAGAAUUACAAGAAAAUUUACAUCAAAAGAUAAUAAUAUUCAUUGUUCAUUUUCUGUGAAUGGUGUAAACACAUUAGUAGUUCGUUCUUUUGAUACAGAAGAUGAAAAAACAUAUGAAGAAACAAUUUUAAAUUGUAUUGAUUUGUUUGAUUCUAAUAAUUAUCCUAUUCAAGUCAUAUUCCCAAAGAAUGGAGGAGGAUAUAGUAUUUAUUCACAAUGGAUAGAAAAGAUAUUAUCACCAUAUGAUGAUGUUAAUUAUAUAGUUUCAUUGAGAGAAUCAGACUACACAAAGCAUGUGUUAAAAACAGGAUUUGCUGUAAAUUUAUAUGAUCCAAAAACAUGCCAACAAAGAAGAGGUAAAUGGACAAGUAAAAUUCCCAUAAUUAAUUCAUUCCCACUUGGAGAUUGGUACUCAAAACCAAAUAUUAUUAAAUAUGGUGAUGUUGAACAUAAAGUUACACAGCCAUCAAUUGAAGUUUUUCCAAAAAUGAAAUUAAUGAAACAUCCAAGAAAACCAACAGAAAUAGUAGUUUAUACAGAUUCAUAUUGUUAUUCAGCAUGUUCAUGUGUAACAAAAGGAUUAAAAGAAUGGGGAGGAGCUAUUCUUGUAGGAUUUGAUGGAGAUCCAUAUGGUAAAGAUGAAGAAUUUGAAGUAGGAUUGUCACCAACAGCUGUUAUUGAAUCUGUUCCUUUACUCCCUCAUAUAUGGAUGGGAGUAUAUGGAUAUAAUCUUAGAAUAAGUGUUGGAGAAAGAUACAGAUAUAAUUAUGAAUACAAUGAAACAAUUCCUAGAGAAUUUUUAACAGAUAUGAUUGAUGAAAGAGUGAAUAUUUAUCAAUUUUCAAAUUAUAAGAUAAAUGAAUUUGCAGAACAAACAAAGAAAAUAAUAGAAAAAUAUCAAACAAAAUGUAAUCCAAAGAAUAAAAGAUUAGUUAAAAGAGAUAGUAAAUGUGAUAACGAAAUUAAUAUUGAACAUGGACAUGGAGGAUAUGAAUGUGGAGAUAAUGGAGAGUGGAGUUCAAAAUGUGUACUAGCUUAUUGCGAUGAAGGAUAUAAAUUUGAUUAUAUCAACAACAAAUGUAUUAAAGGCAUUUGUUCAAGUGGAAUGCCAAUAAUGACAGUAAACCUAGUCAUGAUAAUACUUGGAAUAAUCACAUUAAUUCUUUAA